AUGGAGCACUCAGCGUGGAAGCGGCAUUUUGGUGGCUCUAAGAUCUUAUUCUACUUUCUUUUUCAUGGCAUGCAGCUGGGUGUUUUCAUAUAUGGAUGGUGGAAACAGGCGGGCGAUAUUCGACUCGCACCGCUGAAUACGCUACAGUACUCAGUAUGGAUCUCUCGAGGGGCCGGCUUAGUCCUCUCCGUCGAUGGGACUCUCAUUUUACUUCCCAUGUGUAGAACGCUACUGCGAUAUGUCAGACCGAAAUUUAGAUGGCUACCGUUAGACGAAUCGGUGUGGUUCCAUCGGCAGGUCGCUUAUUCACUACUCUUUUUCAGCCUUGUUCAUACCAUCGCUCACUAUGUCAACUUCUUCAACGUUGAAAAAUCACAAGUCCGCAAGGAAACUGCUGUCCAGAUCCACUACACCCAAGCAGGUGGCAUUACCGGGCACAUCAUGCUUUUGUGCAUGUUGUUAAUGUACACCACAGCGCAUGCCCGCAUCAGGCAACAGGCCUUUGAGACUUUCUGGUAUACGCAUCAUCUUUUUGUUCCGUUCCUACUUGGUCUCUAUACCCAUGCUACGGGGUGCUUCGUUCGAGAUACCCUUGAUCCUCUGUCCCCAUUUGCCGGUAAAGACUUUUGGGACCAUUGCAUCGGCUACGAGGGAUGGAGAUGGGAGCUUUUCGGUGGCGGAAUCUACCUUAUCGAACGGCUUUAUAGAGAAGUACGUGCGGCGCGGGAAACCAAAAUUACCAAGGUCGUUCGGCACCCUUAUGAUGCCAUGGAAAUCCAAUUCAGCAAGCCCAGCAUGAGAUAUAAAGCCGGCCAAUGGCUUUUCAUCCAAGUUCCGGACAUUUCAAAAACACAGUGGCAUCCGUUUACCAUCACCUCCUGCCCAUUUGAUCCUUACGUCAGUAUUCAUAUUCGCCAAGUGGGCGACUGGACCAGAGCGCUUGGUAACCGUCUUGGUUGUGGUCCGGAGCAAGCCAAAGAUAUCGAUGGCCUCGAUCCCCUUGGAAUGUACGAAAUCGCCGUCCAAAACGGCCAGACCAUGCCAAAAAUCCGUAUCGACGGACCCUACGGAGCUCCAGCUGAAGACGUCUUUGACAAUGAAAUCGCCAUCUUGAUCGGCACCGGUAUUGGUGUGACGCCAUGGGCUUCCAUCCUCAAGAACAUCUGGCAUCUCCGCGCCGGACCUAACCCGCCCACCCGUCUCCGCCGAGUCGAAUUCAUCUGGAUUUGCCGAGAUACGAGCUCCUUUGAAUGGUUCCAUGCCCUCCUCUCCUCCCUCGAAGCGCAAUCUGCCGCCGAUUCGCGCUCAGGGCAGGAAUUCUUGCGCAUCCACACCUAUCUCACCCAACGCUUUGACCAGGACACUGCGGCCAACAUCAUGCUCAACUCCGUUGGUCAGCAGGUUGAUCCGUUGACUGAAUUACGCACAGGUACGAAGUUUGGUCGGCCGGACUUCAAAACCUUUUUCUCGGCGCUGCGUAACGGUCUCGUUGACCAGACAUACAUGCCUGGCUUGGAUGCCUCGUUACGGACAGACGUCGGUGUGUACUUUUGCGGCCCGAACGUGGCGGCAAAGGAUAUCAGAAAGGCUGCGAAAGAGUGUACGACCAGAGAGGUUCGGUUCAGAUUCUGGAAAGAGCAUUUUUAA